AUGUCUUCCAAAAAACAAACAAUACAACUUCUUGCCACUGGUAAUCUCGUUCCAACACUUCAUUAUGGCAUAUAUGCAGUAAAUUGGUGGACUUUUAUUGAUAAAAAAACGCUUAAUGAAGAGAAACAAAUAUGUAUACCUUUAAGACUAAAUAUGAGAGUCCAAUUAGAACUUAACAAAACCAAAUUUAUCGUUCGUAUUGUUAGUGUGGAAGAUGAUAUGAAGCCAGGUUAUGUCUGUGAAUCAGAUGUAGCUUCAAAAAUUUAUCUAUCUGCUUCAGAAGCUUUGGGUUAUUCAGGUGACGAUAUAAUUGGGUACCUAUCAAGUUUUAUGUACAAAUAUCAAGGCAAUCAAAGUCUUUUUGUACAAAAUAUUGAAAGUAAAUAUUGUUAUAUAGAAGUAUUUCAAAAGAAAGAGAGGGUCGCAUAUUUUAGAGAUGUUUCGCCAACUGGGGUUUGGAAGAAAACUGGAAUUCUGAAAAAUUAUAAUGAGCAAGAAUUAAACAUUAUAGAAUUGAUGAUACAUCUUAAACUGCUAUAUCCACCAGAUUAUGAAUUUACUGAUCGGGAAGUUGCAUGCUUGGAGGAAGAUAAUGAAAAACAAGAUGCUAUAAAGAAUCUAAGUGGAACUUCUGUUGCUCAUUUGAAGCUAAAACUUAAUCACAUGCCUAUUAAAACAAUAUCUGAUAAAUGGACACGUUAUUCUCAAGCUGAUAUUUUAAAGUUGAUCGAAGAACCCUUGCAUAAGCUAAUUCCUGAUGUUUCUGUCUAUACCAAACCAAAUUCAAUAUAG